AUGAUAACAGAGCUGCAUAGUACUAUCGGUCGCGUCAGUCUUGAUCUGAUUGACCGUCGUUCUGACCUAGAGACGCAACUAAGCCUGGCCAGCGACCUCCUUAGAGACACUGUGCGAGUCCUUGAUGGUCGCACCGACAUGGAAGUGUUAAUCUCACGCAGUGAUCUACAGUCAAAACUGGCACGUGUCGAUGAACUGGCAGGAGACGAGUUUGGCCGGCCCAUCGUCUACUCACCGGGUGGUGUGUCAGGUCCGGCCCGGCACUGUGACUUAACAUUUGAUCGCGAACUCGUCUUUCAACCGGGCACACUGAGCCUAGCAAGACUAGCCAGCGAGAGUCAAGAGAAAACAGAGUUAGAAUCUCCCGAAAUUACGGAGACCAAAGAAGACACGCCUGAGGAGGUGGCGCUUUUAUCUGAUGUCGCGGGGCCGACGGAAGAUGAAGUCAGGUCCGUGAAACUUGCUAGUUUACAAAGAAAUAAUGUCUUAUAG